ACUGCUGAAAUUGAUAGUGAAUUAGCGGGGUGUACAGUGUAACUGCCCUCUAACACCGAUAACAAACCCGCCGCAUUUCUGGUUCUGGACCUGAACAACUUCUUGAACUUCAUUAUCACUGGAAAUUGAACACGCCGUCUCAACCCACCUUGAUCGUCGUGAAUUGAAUUUCCUUCGUUAAACUUGAACUCAGUACAGGAGGUCAUCGCGGUGCGGCUCCUAAAGCUCAUUUGGACGUCGCAUCAUUCUUUUUUGUAUUCAUUCCCCUGCAAUUCACCUUAGGUCUGAGACCAGUUCUAAUAUUUAAAUCCCAACUCAAUGUCACGAUGCCUCUCGGAUUUGAACGUCUAAAUGCGAGGAAAUCGCAACCAAACGAGCGCAUCGUAUUUAUCAAACCUCUCGCAGGACCUGACCAAGAGACCGGGCAGAAAUACUUGGAACUGAUCGCGGCGCAAUGCUUGCCGGUAAUGAGAGAAAAUCAUAUUUUGGUCACGUCCUUAGAAGAAUAUGAACCAAACCGAGAGUUUGUCGGCCGCAAUUUUAAUGCAGGUGAAGUUAUACAAUUAGUGCUGAAGUCGGUCUCAACCGGACAAUGGCUGCCGUUCACCUAUGUCCAGAUGGUUAUGAUGCAUGAACUAGCACAUUGCAAGCAGAUGAACCAUUCUAAGGCCUUCUGGGCAGUCAGAAAUAACUAUGCAGACCAAAUGAGAGGUUUAUGGUCCCGCGGCUAUACCGGCGAGGGGCUAUGGGGAAAAGGCAUGAAUUUAGAAACUGGCGAGUUUGUGAAGGACACAGUGCUUUCGGAUAAGGACCUGCCAGAGCACCUCUGCGGAGGCACCUAUCGUUCCAGAGGACGGAAGCGAAGGGCAAAGAAACAGCCGACUUACAAAGAGAGAAAAGAGCGGCGAAUCUUGAAGAAGUUCGGUGCCAACGGGGUUGCUCUCGGCGAGGACGAAGAGGUAAAAGUUGAAUUGGAGAAGGGCAAGAAACCUCAGGGAAAGCCCCGUGUGGCAGCAAGCAAGCGCGGUCGAGAACUUCGGGCGGCCGCAGCUCUUGCGCGAUUUGACCAGCAGAAGAAAGUAGAGGAGACAAAGAAGGAGGAGAUUGACAUCAAGACAGAAGAUGACAGCGGCUCAGAGUCUGUUAGCGAUACCGAGGACGAAACCGCCACAGAUAUCGAUGGGCGACGGCUUUUUGACAAUAAGGGUCACGGCUUGAUCAAGGUGUGCGAGGAUGAGAAUACCAAGGACGAAGAUGCACGGAAUGAGUUGAGAGAACUCUUCCAAAGUACCAUCAAAUGGAAGCCUGACAGGCCUAAGAAGCAUGAUUUUACAUUGGUGGAAAGUGAACCUCAAGCACAACAACCGGUUGACCGGAAGGAUCCCGAGAAUGGUUCAAAUGGAGACUCAAAGCGAAGUGCCGAAAAUAAACAUCCAAAAGGGCUGAGUAAUGUCAAGAAUUCGGUCCGUGAUAACCAGUCGACAAAUUCGGCCACGGGUGUUUGCGUCAUGUGCUCGUUCGACAAUGGCCCGGGAGCUCACAUUUGUUGCGUCUGCUCCCACGUCCUGGAUCCUAGCAAGGUGUCGAAUACCUGGAAGUGCACAGGUCCAACUUGUCGAGAUACCGUUUAUCUGAACGCCGGCGACUCAGCACUUUGCGGAGUGUGCGGCCAUCGCAAAGCCGCGUAGCCCCCGAAUAUGCAUGCCAAAUUUAUCCAAGAGCAUAGUCGACUCUUCUUACGUGUCGGUUAUGCUCUUCGUAGAACAGCCAUGUUGUACGUAAUCCAUUGGGGUUUUUUUAGAAGAGCUAGUUACUGCUAUUAUAUAUGGUGUCGUCAGCCACGCGUGCAGGAGGUUACGAUAGUGGUAGUGGCUUGCUCUGGGUCGUCACGCAUUGCCAACCAAUGCGAACUUCUGAAAGGGGUAAGAGAAACCCGAACCUAUCGGAGCUCGAAGGACGGCGGACGAUAGUACCGAAUCCGCCAACCCGCCAAUUCAAUUUAUGUACUGCGAUGUAUACAGUACAAAUGCACAGUAUUUUGAAUAAUUAUUACUGUAUUUCUGAGCUUACAGGGGCUAUAGCGCGUAGCUCCUUAUAAUUUAUAGGGGAUUAAUUCAUUCAAUUGAAUUGCAAGCUUCACCUGGCUAUUCGCUAGGCCUAAAUAAACAUUUGC